GGUGGUAAAGCGGGGGUCGGGAGGCCCUCCUGAAAGUUAAGGCCGAAUGUGUCCCAAUGAGUUGAAGCCCAAUUCUCUAACGACCUCUAUGGUUUUCAGAAAAUAUGCUGCCCUCCAGCAAACUGUUUUUGAUAGGAGAUCUGAGAUCAACGAUCUCAGAGGAACCAGCCACAGAGGAGGCCGCAGAGGAACCAGCAGCGGAGGAAGCAGCCACAGAAGAGAAGCUGGAAGUGGCUGCAGAGGAGGAACCCGCUGCAGAGGAACCGGCCGCAGAGGAACCAACGGCAGAGGAACCAGCCUCAAAGGAGGCCGUGGCUCCUGAGCGAGAUCUGAGAUCUGAGAUCUCACAGAAACCAGCCACAGAGAAGGAGCAGGAAGAGAAACGAGCUGCAGAGGAGGAGCCCCCAGAGGAACUGGCCGCAGAGGAAGCCGUGGCCCCCGAGGGAGAUCUGAGAUCAUUGGUCUCAGAGGAAGCAGCCGCAGAGGAACCGGCGGCGAAGAAACUUGCCGCAGAGGAGGAACCGGAAGAUAAACCAGCUGCAGAGGAGGAGCCUGCAGAGGAACCCGCCGCAGAGAAAUCGGCCGCAGAGGAACCGGCGGCGGAGGAACGGUCCACAGAGGAGUGGGAAGAGAAACCCGCUGCAGAGGAGUCUGCAGAGGAACCAGCCACACAGGAGGCCGCGGCCCCCGAGGAAGUCACUAAAUAUCAGUAUGAAAAGUGGGAUGAAGAGGCCCAAGGUGCUGCAGACGAGGAAGAAAAAGAACAAGAAAAAGAGAAGGAUGCGAAAAACAAGGUGAAGAACUCCAAAGGCACAGCAGGGUGGAAGCCGAGGAAAUCCAAAUCCCUGUGAGAAUUUAUGACAUGUAUUAUUCCAAAGUUUGUUACCUCAAAAGUAAUAUGUAGUGACACCUAAGUUUUAUCUUUAGUGAAUGUAUUUGACAGUAUUUGUUCAAGUUAAAAAUAAAAGUUUGUUUCAAAUGAAUAAACUGAAACAUGGCCAAAAAUAAUUAAAAUGUCAAAUUUAAAACAAUUUUUGAAAAGAGAGAGAUGGGGCUCAAGUCUUUAGAGCUGUGUCAUCUACUACUUUAGGCACUAGUAAUGUUAUGGCUAGUGAGCACUUGUAAUAUGGCUAGUCUGAUUUAAUAUAUGCUUUAAGUGUGAAAAUAAUAUUGCACAUUUUACUAAUGAUUGUUACACUGGUUACAUGUUGAAAUGAUAAUACUUGAAAUAAAAUGAAAUAUUAAAGUU